AAAUAAAAGCAGUUCACAGUCCAUAGAGGAUUGGUAUAUCUCAUCAGACCCUUAGCUCCAUCACCGUUGCUCUUCCCGGGAGCAAACCUCCUCUCUCGAUUCUCCCCGGACAAAACAUUUCCCACUUUGCUACCUACUCAAGCUCACAAAUUUCCCCAAAAACAGCAAACUCUGACCACCACCGAACCCACAAAUCCGCAAAGAUGGUUAACAAGAGCAUCCAUACCGCCAUCGACCCAGCGAGUGCAACCACUAUGGCAGAGGUCCGUACCAGCAUUGACGACCUUGACCGUCAGAUUGUCGCUCUUCUUGGCGAGCGCAUGCGCUUCAUUGAGGCUGCUGCUCGCAUCAAACCUCAUCGCGAGGCUGUCAGGGACCAAUGGAGAGUGGAUGACGUCUUGACCAAAGUUGAAGCUGCGGCAGAAAUAGCCAAUUUCCCCAAGAAGAUUGUCCACAAAUUAUAUGCCGAUCUUAUCGAGUCCUCUAUUCUCCAUGAAUUGGUCAAUUUUGACCAUCUUGCCGGAAAUAACCUUAAUGGCAGGGAGGACGACCUAGUGGAGGUCAAGAAACCUUCAAAGGUCAAGGCGACUGAGAAGGAGUCUGCGGUUAUUGAAACCGGUGAGGUUGAGACUACUUGGGUUUAUUAGGCGCAUUCCCUUUUUUUUCUUCUUCUCUUCUUCUACGGUGUGCUGUCGUUUAGUUUUUUUGUUUCUCCAAAGGGGGCUUGAGCCUUCACCAUCUCUUUCUAUUUACAUCACUGUACCGCCACGUCUGUAGUGUCUAGGUCUACUGGGUUAGAUUGUUAGUUUCUGUAAGAAGUAUCCACAGAUAUGAAACCGCUUAUCAA